CUAAGGGGGUCGGGUAGGAAAGUUACAUGAAAUUUCCCUACACUUUGUGUUCUUAAAUCAAUAAAUCUCUCUCAUUUUCCAACAUUUGUGGGUAUUGGAGAUUUUCCUCUAAGUUCUCACAUUUUAUUAUUAUUUUUUUCAAUUUUCAUACUAUAACCUCUUCAUCUCGUUCCCUUGAAAAAAUUGAUAGUUUUCUUGGUACCUCCAUCUGUCCAUCACUAAUCCCUUUCAUUUGAAAACCUGGAUUUCAGUUGAAUUUGUGAGAUCUGAGAUUACGAAGGUGGGUUCUGAAGCUUUUUAAUUAUUGAACAUAACCCAAUUUUUUUUUCUUGGUUUUUGUAUUGUUUCAUAAGAAAGAUUUGAUAUUUAUUGUCUUUGACUGCUGUUUAUACUUUAAAAAGACUCCCAAGUGGCUCGAAGAUUCAAAAAGGGAAAAAGCCUGAGUUUUUGGUUGAUUUUGGUCUGUUUUCUGCUCAAAUUUAGAGACCCUAAGCGGUGAAUUUUUGAAGGCAAAAUCCAUGGGAAAUUGUUGUGCAACACCAAAAACGUCUGAUGAGAAGCCUAACCCAUUUUCAGUUCAUGGCGGUAAUCUCAGUAUACCAGAUGGUGGAUUCAAAUUCUAUAUAUUGGACAAUCUAACAGGCCAUAACAUUGAGGAGUUUUACGAGUUGGGGCGUGAGCUCGGUCGAGGUGAAUUCGGGGUUACAUAUUUAUGCAUUGAUAAAUCUAGUGGCGAAGAGUUCGCUUGUAAAUCGAUAUCAAAGAAUAAACUGAGGACUAGUGUGGAUAUUGAUGAUGUUAGGAGAGAGGUUGAGAUUAUGAAGCAUUUGCCCAAGCAUCCUAAUAUUGUUAGCAUAAAGGAUACUUAUGAGGAUGAUAAUGCAGUUCAUAUAGUGAUGGAAUUGUGUGAGGGUGGUGAAUUGUUUGAUCGGAUUGUAUCCCGGGGACAUUAUACAGAGAGGGCUGCUGCUGCUGUUACUCGCACGAUUGUUGAAGUUAUUCAGAUGUGCCACAAGAACGGAGUCAUGCAUCGCGAUCUUAAACCCGAAAAUUUCUUGUUUGCAAAUAAAAAGGAAACAGCACCAUUGAAGGCCAUCGAUUUUGGGCUAUCAGUAAUCUUUAAGCCUGGCCAGAAGUUUGAUGAGAUUGUGGGAAGUCCUUAUUACAUGGCCCCGGAGGUGCUCAAAAGAUACUACGGUCCAGAAGUGGAUGUUUGGAGUGCUGGUGUAAUUCUCUACAUCUUAUUGUGUGGUUUUCCACCUUUUUGGGCGGAAACCGAACAAGGAGUUGCCCAAGCAAUAAUUCGAUCAGUUGUAGAAUUUAAAAGAGAUCCUUGGCCUAAGGUUUCUGCUAAUGCAAAGGACCUUGUAAAGAAGAUGCUCAACCCCGACCCCAAGCAGCGGCUUACAGCACAAGAAGUAUUAGAUCAUCCUUGGUUACAGAAUGCCAAGGCGGCUCCAAAUGUGUCUUUGGGUGAAACUGUGAGGGCAAGGCUCAAGCAAUUCUCCAUGAUGAACAAGUUGAAGAAAAGAGCUCUAAGGGUGAUUGCCGAGCAUUUAUCAGCGGAGGAAGUGGCUGGCAUAAAGGAAGGAUUCCAAUUGAUGGAUACCGGCAACAAGGGGAAGAUUGACCUUAAUGAGUUGAGAGCUGGGUUGCACAAGCUAGGGCAUAGGAUCCCAGAUGCCGAUAUUCAAGUUCUUAUGGAAGUAGGUGAUGUAAAUAAAGAUGGAUAUCUCGACUGUGGAGAGUUUGUUGCAAUUUCUGUUCACCUGCGGAAGCUGGGGAAUGAUGACCAUCUGCAGAAAGCCUUCGAGUUCUUUGAUAAAAACCGAAGUGGGUAUAUAGAGAUUGAAGAGCUGAGGGAUGCCUUAGCUGAUGAGGUCGAGACUACCAAUGAAGAAAUUAUUAGUGCCAUUAUUCAAGAAGUAGACACUGACAAGGAUGGACAUAUUAGUUAUGAAGAGUUUGCUGCAAUGAUGAAGGCGGGCACGGAUUGGAGAAAUGUAUCAAGACAGUACUCACGAGAACGAUAUAACAGUCUCAGCUUGAGAUUGACGAAGAAUGGAUCAUUACGGUUAAAUAACGAGGGUACAUAGCUUAAAGUGGUUGACAUAUAUUUUUAGAUAUUGUGGUUUCGGCUCAACUAUUUCUUCGUUUUUUUUUAUUUUUUAUUUUUUUUAUUUUAAAGCUGUAUUGUUUACGAGAUCCUUCUUAUAGGGUAUAGGGUAUAACUAGGUAUGAGUCCCCAGUUUUUAUGUAUUUCUGAAGUGUAAAUGUUCUGCUUCAUAUUCUUGGAUGGUUGCAGAAAUGUAUAGAGUGAGAGGUGAUUUUUUGCGUAAUUAUCUUGUCAAGACAUUUAAUUAAUUUAUCUUAAAAGUGUUUAUCGUCCAAAUAUUAAGGUUU